CAUAUUGUGACGUCAUGCUAUUGUUCGUCAUUGUCAAUCGCUACUGUAGCAGCAACACGGCGCAACUCCCGUUCAACAAGAAUGUCACGUCAAACAUAACACACAGCCUUCCUUUCAUAUGGAGUUAAACUUGGGAACGCUGGACGCAUUGGUUUUGCUGAGAGUUGAUGGAAUAGACGAUGAAGUGUGGGGUAUUUUAGCUCAAGGGGAACCAAAAGAAUUCCGCAGUACUCCCCCGACUGGUUUGAUCAAACCAACCCCAGUCCGUUCAGUGCCUCAGAAUCCAUGGGACUAUCAAGAACCUUACAGACAGAAUGUAGCGACAUCGAACCUUACCUCGGCCUUCUGUCCCGUUACUGGUGCUACCAGGCAUGAUGCCAGUGAGCUGCAGACUGCUAGCCCGGAUGUUCAGAAACUCAUCAAAUCCAUGAAGAUCACAGAGAGACAACUGAAUUUUCAGCUGCUUCAAAGGGCUCAGAUGUACGAACGGGAGCAUGAGCUCAGUCGAGACAGGAUGGUUCUCGCUGAUAAAGUCCAAGACUUGACUGAGUAUGUCGAGAGUUUGGAGCAGAAGAACAGUGACCUGAAGACACGUUUCAGACAAGUCACAGAGGAGAACAAAUCCCUCAGCACCCAGGUGGACCGCUUGGUGAAUUACCUGGAGGUGGUGGCGGCAGAGGAACUGCGUCUUCAGAGAGGAGAGGGUGAAGGUGUUAAACUCGGGGGACUCGCUGAGAGCGUGGAGAUCCUACAGGACACGGAGUUUGACCAGCUGGACAGCUGGACGGACCUGUCUCCUUGCGACAGUGUCGUGAAUGUAAAUGAAUCGGCCAAUGAAGAGAUAUCUGCGCGGUUCCAUUCUCCGGCUAGCAAUGGUGCGGGGAGUGAAGUCCGGCUCAUCACCGAGGAUACCCCUCCUGUUGGUUCUUCAAAACAGAAGACAAAGAAAUCACAUAUACCGAGAUCUCUGUUCGGACGGCUAAGUGGAGCUUUCGGAAGAAUACGGGGUCAGAUUAGACCUGAGAGAAGUGAAUUGAAGGAUGGAAAUUAAAUUUAUAUAUUUGUA